UCCGUUACCACUCAUGCUGCCAAACAACACGAACCACUUGCCUAACUACCUACAAUACUGCAGGAAUAUUUGCAAAUUAAUGUUGAAAUAUUUUAUCGAGUUUAUCUGACACGAGGGCAACGCAGUAAAUGAUUUUAAUGUUAUCUAAAACAACUGUAGCGAUUGGAUACGCACUCGACCAGUAAAUACUGCAACGCAUCAUCGGUGACGCCACAUCCGUUAUAACAAGACGCGGAAUCUAAAUCUAAUACUGGUUGUAUUUCAUUGUUUUUCACGUUGCAUGUUGAGGAACAUUUAACCCAUUCGACGGUGACACUGUCAAAUAUUGAAAUGUCUUAAAACAUUGACUUGGUAUUAGAUCAAUCGGUCUCUUGACUCGGUCAGAGGACUUUCAAAUCGGAAAAUUAUAAACUCAAUUUGGACAGCACUUGUACGUCACUUCAGAUUCCUUGACAACCUGCGACGCAAAACGACAAUUGUGUGGGAAAUGAAAUUGUUCUGAGUGCUAACAUUAUUGAGUGUUGAUUUGAUCUCAGACAUGGUAUCUCAAUGGUAAAACAGCGUCUGUAAAAGCAAACACAAGGUAGGCGGUUUUCGAGUUGGAUCAGCUACAGUAAACAUCACCAGUGACGUCACUAAGCGAUUAAAAUAUGCAGUGAAACGACACAAAGUUUUUUAUUAAUUAUGAUUUAUCUGGGAGGAAAUUAUCAAGAGAAUAUUAACUUUUUGAAACGGUCAAGGUGACUCGAAGUUGAGGUGAUCAACAAUUAAAAAUGUAGUCGGGGUCAUAUCAACGGUCUUGAACGUCGAACACAGCACACCGCAACACCGCAUUCGUGACGUCACGUCCAUGAUAAACAGGCAGCCAAAUGAGUCGAAACGUUUGGUAGUACUGUACUUCCAUGAUCAGUAUUAUUUUUAAGAAAGAGACUGGUUUCAAACAGUUUAGCUCAGUAAACGAAGCAGCGUCGUGAGCAUGUGAGCUGCAAGACCGAAAGUUCGGUCAUCAACUCUUAAAAUGAGCCUCGACGCUACCAUCCACAGCUGGCCCGGCUCCUACUACCUCACCUCGAACAAAAGGUGGGAGAACGGCAUGUUGUCCUUGAGUAGACGCGCGGUGCGUUUCGUCUCGAACCAAACCAAGGAGACCCUCGCCAGUUUCCGCCUCUCCCGCAUCAUGGAGAUGAAAAUGGAAUCGUCCAGCCUCAUCUUCAGCACCCUGACUGUGCUGGAAGAGGGCAACGUCAAGCACUGGUUUGGCUCCCUCAAGCCCAACCGGGUGGUGGUGUACAACGUGAUGGAGCAUUUCUGGAGAGAGCGCCUGCUCUCCCCCACCGGCUCCGAGGGCAGGAGUGGGGUCCCUGGCAGUGAGUCCUCCAAGGGCCGAGAGCUCAUCAACCUCGUCGCGGGAGCUCAGAGAAGACUGGAGGACACCGGGAGGGUCCUCAGCUACCAGGGGGAGCAGUUUGAUAGCAUGAUGCAAGGCCUGGAGAAGAUGGACUCGGACCUGGGAGUAGCAGAUAAACUUUUAUCAGAGCUGGAGUCUCCUUCCUGGUGGCCUUUCAGUAAACUCCCAUGGAAGAUUCAGCAGGAAGCCAAGGCGGAGGAUGCAGCUCGGGCGGCCGCCACCGCAUCCAAAGAGUCUAUCCGGAGCAAAGUGAUUACCAGCAUCCCGGCCGUGGUGUCCAAGAACGGCGACUGCGACCUGAAGCCUGGCUGCCUGCUGGUACUGCCGUCUUCAUUGGAGGUGCGCGACGCCACCUGCCAUCUGCUGCACCGUUUCGAACGCGGCGAGGUGGACGAGAUCCGCGUGCACAGCCCGUACGAGAUCACGGUGAGGCAGCGCUUCAUCGGUAGGCCCGACGUCCGCUGCCGGCUGCUGUCGGCCAAGAUGCCGGAGGCGCUAGCCGUGCUGGAGAUGCAGUACAAGAAGAAGGUGCAGUUCGCUGUAGAGUACGCCGCUUUCCGGGCCACGCCUGUUUCAUCACCUGGUGACGCAGAAGCAGCCAUUUUGCAUGACGGUUUGCUACACGGGUGCCAUGAGAUGGAGGUCCCGGCAGGGGAGCUGUCCCAGUUGCAGGUGCACGUCCUCCAGCCCGCCAUGAGCCAGGCCGAAACACAGGAGCUCAAGCAGGUGACCAGUACGUGGAACCUUUGCGGCAAAAAUCACCAUACAGUGAAACUCCUCUACAGUGAACCUCCUCAUACAACAACAUUGAAAAAAGACAUUUUUCACAACAGGGGGCUUUUCACUGUCGCAAAUUUUAUCUCAGAUGUAAACACCCACACACACACGCACAAAACGUAUGUGUGUACUCUUCAUUUUUAUUCCAAUACACCGUAGAGGAGUUUCACUGUACAACGAAACCUACAUGGGUGAAAAUACUCCCUUGUGUGAAAAAAUGUUCAUGUAUAAAAGCCAUUCCCACUUUUCUGCUCCCCGUACGACGAAAAGUCCCCCUGUUCUGUUAUACAACAUCUUUUUCUCUGCUCUUGCCGUGCAACAAGAUUCACUACAAGGAAAACAAGCCUUACGCAAAAGUCUAAUCCAGCCUCAGCAUGCCACAGCAACCUCUACUGUUUCGUUUGGAAAUGGCAACAGCAACCACUUCAUUGGUUUACACAUGCGCAGUAGUCCAGGAAGUAUUUGUUAUUGUUAGUUUCAGACACGAACGUUGCAUUGAUAAAAUGGCUACAAAACGGACCCUUGCAGACCAAGGAGUUAAGAAAAGAAAAGCAUUCACGCUUGAAGACAGGAUAAAAGUAAUAAAAAUGAAAGAUGGAGGAAGCAAAGUAACAGACAUGCAAGAAAUUGAUGUAAAUGAAAGUGAAUGCUGAUCGUAAAUUUUGCAAUUUCUUUCCCAUUUUUUUUCUUUCUACACUGGCUGUAUGAAGUGUCAAAUAAGUGUAUUCAGAAUC